GUGGAACUUUGCCCCCUUGUGUUGGUGGUCAGUGGAACUUUGCCACCUUGUGUUGGUGGUCAGUGGAACUUUGCCCCCUUGUGUUGGUGGUCAGUGGAACUUUGCCCCUUGUGCUGGUGGUCAGUGGACCUUUGCCCUCUUGUGCUAGUGGUCAGUGGACCUUUGCCCCUUGUGCUGGUGGUCAGUGGAACUUUGCCCUCUUGUGUUGCUGCAGUAAACAUAUAUGUUAAUGUAUGGGUUGUUUUUUUAUAAACUAAAGCCUCAGUAUUCAGGUUUAAUUGCAGUGUUGGCACUUUG